CAAUUAAAAAACCGCUACAUCUAGAAGGAAUGUUGCUAAAUUUGCACAGUGUUCUUAACUCUUUUUAGUUUUUAACUACGAUUUCUAUUCUGAGUUGAAGAAUUUUAAAAUUUCGUUUGUAAUUGCACAACUAACUUUAAAGUCGGUUGUCAGCGAGCUGUCAGUGGUUUAUUGUGGAACGCAUAGCUAUGCGUCAACAAUUUAAAGUCGCCUUCAGAAAGCUAAUACGUCGGUGCAAGAGCAUAAGGACUAGGUCUUUUUGCUGUGACGCUAAGCUUCUGGGUAAGCAACAGCUGAUCCCGCCUCUAUUCACCUGGACCACUUCUAGCCCCAGGAACUACUCUAAGUUUAGUACCCACAUAACGACAGAGCGUGCGAUGGAUCUUCUAUGCAAUCUGGACGAAAAGGAGCGCAGCAAUCUGCGAUUCGCACUUGACAAAAUAGACGCCGACAAGGAAAAAAAGCUGUACGAGAGCUUCGAUCCACCGUCUGCCGUAUUGCUCAACAUUCUCAACGGACGGUCGAGUGCAAACGAGUCCUUGUCAGUAUAUGGUAGCAGGCUGGUGACAUCACUGCUGACGAAGUGGAAAGGAAUGAGCCAAGAGGAGAUAGCUGUUUCUUUAGUGUUGGCCCACACGUCACAAAUCGAGCCCAGGUUGCAAGCAUAAAAACUCGGAAUGAACUGCAGCAACUCUUAAAGGCGUUUUCGUUCAACAAAGUGAGCGACUACUCUGGAUUGGAUCAAGGAACGGACAGGAAGAGGUUUAACACGCUGGCUGGAAAAAGGAUUUAUAAUACGGUAGUGCUAAGAGGAAUAGGUGGCAACAUUGUUAAAAGUAACUUACAAAUAUUGGCAACUGUAAAUAUUUCCGAAUUUGAUGUAGAAGCCCUAUUUCAUGCAGUAAUGGAUAAUUACCUUAAAUACGAUAUUAUAAUUGGUUUUGGUGUCAUGAUUGCUAACAAAUUCGCUAUGUACAUGAAUCAAAUUGUCAAUGUAGUGAGCAAUGAAACUUCGAUAAGUCUCUUAGAAAAUCUGGUUAAUGAUAAUGAUAAGAUAAUACUAAGAAAUAUUUUGAGUGAAUUCUCAGAUCAUUUUAUAACUGGCAUGCCAAAUAGGAGGAUAACUACAGGAGAAUUUGAAAUUCGUCUAAUUGAUGAACAUAAGACUGUACAAAGACGUACGUAUAGAUAAAGUGCAGAAGAAAAACUAAUAGUCAGGGACAAAAUUCAACAAAUGAUUAAAAGCAAUGUCAUUCGCCCAAGUAGCUCUCCAUUCGCUAGUCCUAUGCUUUUAGUUAAAAAGAAAGAUGACAGUGAUAGACUGCGCAUUGAUUUUCACGAAUUAAAUGCGAAUACGGUGUCUGAUAAGUAUCCAUUGCCAUUAAUAUCAGAUCAGAUAGAUAGAUUACGAUAGAUUAGUAAAUACUAUGGCAGUUUGGACAUGGCCUGCGGAUUUCAUCAGAUACCGAUUCUUACUGAUACCAUCGAGAAAACAGCUUUCGUAACUCCAGAAGGUCAAUAUGAGUUCCUUGCUGUGCCAUUCGGUUUGAAGAAUGCCUCGUCAGUAUUUCAAAGAGCGAUAGUACGAGCCUUAGGUGAUUUGACAUACUCGUAUGCAAUUGGUUUUAUUGAUGAUGUGUUAAUAAUCGCAAACUCCAAAGAAGAAGCUUUUACAAGAUUGAAAGUUUUGCUUAAAGCCUUGUCAGAUGCCGGGUUUUCAUUUAAUAUAAAAAAGAGCACAUUCUUCUAGACAGGAAUAGAGUGUCUCGGGUUCUAUAUUAAAGAUGGCGAAAUUAAACCCAGUCCUAGAAAAAUAGAAGCUCAACCAAUUACUGUCACGCAGUUAAGACAAUUUAUAGGUUUGGCUUCAUAUUUCAGACAGUUUGUUCCACGAUUCUCUGAACGGAUGAAACCAUUGUAUCAGCUAACUUCUAAGGUAAAUGGAUUUGUUUUAAGGGAAAAUCAUGAAAAAAUACGCAAACAGAUUAUAAUCCUGUUGACAAGUGACCCGGUGCUGAUCAUAUUCAACCCUGAGCUUCCGAUUAAUUUGCAUACAGACGCCAGCGCUGAUGGCUACGGUGCAAUGCUCCUUCACAGGUCUGACAGCAAAUGUAGGGUGAUCCAAUAUUUCAGCAGGUGUACAUCGGGUUCAGAAUCAAAAUAUUAUCAAUAUAUCAUACGAACUAGAGACUUUAGCCGUGUAUAAUGCUGUCAAACAUUUUCGACAUUAUCUGCAUGAUAGAGAGUUCGUCGUCCAUACUGACUGCAAUUCCUUAAAAGCGAGUCGUACCAAGGUUGAACUGACACCACGAGUACACCGAUGGUGGGCGUUGUUGCAGGCAUUUUAUUUUAGCGUAGAAUAUAGAAAGGGAACUCAAAUGGCACACGUAGACUUCCUUUCUAGCUCGUAUAGUUUCCCAGAUCUCAGCGUUCAUAUGGACGGUGGAAAGAAGGACAUGGCUAGAUCGAUUCGGCUAGUGAUCCUGAUCAAGAAUAUAUGUACUUUAUGGGGUUGGAAGUGCUUCUUUUUACAUUAAUUUUUCUUAGUAAACCUGAAAACUAUGAUGAUCAAGAUUUAAAGAUUUAUAAAAAAACUAUAUUACAAACGAAUAUACAUAGAGUAGUCUUUAAUCCUAAUAACCGAAUCAAGUGUACACGAGCAAACAAAUAUAGCCAUAUUAUUAAGAAGUUGAUAGAAAAUACUACUCCACUUCCACGUUUUACAAUUAUAAACAUUAUGUCUGUCGACAAGUUUGGGCAUUUUUCUGUUGAUAACAAAAGAUCAGAAAAUUUGACAAGACGUGUUAAGUCUACUGACUUAAUGCUCAAAAUUAAUGUAUCAAAACUGAAACAAAACCUAAAGAUAAUGAUGAUCUAGCAACGAAACAAUAUACUGAUGAGAAGAACAUCGGAAAGUUUGGAAAAGAUUUAAGAAAAAUUAUAACUCAAAAUAUUACUAGUCGACAUACGAAAAUUUCAAGCUUAGAAAAUAGAAUUGAAUUGUAUAAUAAGAAAAGAUUAAAAGCAUUGAGGAUUACAUUGUAGUAUGCACAUUUAUUGAAUACCCACUGUACCGAAAGUACUUAAAGGGUGCGCACUGUAACACUUUGUUUCAGUGUUUACAUAUUUCAAAGUCCCGGUCAUAAAACUUAAGUAGCCGAAUUAUGAACCGAUCGCUAUGGCUUAGCCCGCACACAGAAAGUGCUAGCGUCGGCAUAAUUGUAACGAACGGACAGCAUAUGCAUACCCCUCGCGCCUCCACUUAAGAGCGCAUAGCAACGUUUAUAAGUACACUCCUUUAUACAUAAGUAUAUAGGUAGAUAGCCGUCUCUCUGCCGCCGCCUGCGAGCAGCGCAGCUACGAGACUUAGCCUUACUUAGACUUAAAGAAUAUGGUAAAAGAUCAGAGACACUUCGAUCGUUGAAGCGGCACCAUUGCUGCUCCAACUAAAUAAAAUAAAAACCGAAAUAAAAACUGAAAAGGAUCGACUAAAUUAUUAUACAACAUGGCGACCGUGACCUGCAACGCAAUUUUCGGAUAAAGGACACUCAAAAAUGGAAGACAGGAAGAAAGACUACAAAAACUAAAACUGGAAAACGGAUACACAGACGAAAAAAAAACUGAGUAAAUAGAGUGAAAGCAAUGGGCAAACGCAUAGGAGUUGCGCAAAAAAAAAAAAAGAAACCAACCAUGCUGAAAACAACAUUUUUUUUACCCAUGUACUGCGUUGCAUAAUUUUUUUAAUUGCACGACGAUACAUAUUUUUUUUUAAGAUAAUAUAAUAUUUUGCAAAA